CCAUUUUGGCUCAAACUGGCUUCGGCCCCCUUUUCGCCAUUUCCGCAUCGCGCAUGGCCGGUGUCUGUGUCUGGAGGCGGCGCUGCCGGUGACCACGAGAUCUUUGAGAUGGCACGGGAGGCUGCGGGCGAUGCGCAGCCGCGGCGGUCAGCCGCCGAGAGUAAGGAGAGGAGGCUGUUGGCACGGCAAUCCGCUGAUCCUGUUGUGGCGAAUCUCACCGCAGAGCUUGGUCGCACGGUGGCGCAGCUGCAGCUUGCGGAGGAGACCCUGGUGUCACUCGUGGGCGGACCUCCCUUCUACAGUCGGGGGGAGUGUGCGUCUCUCGCGCCGGGGCGGAAGAGUUGCGGCGCGCGCAGGCUGGCCCCAGGCAUGGGGCGCGGGCGGAGGUGCAGGUGUGCAGCGAGGAGAUGGCGACCAAGCAGGAGGACGAUGGUGACAGUCGUGCGGCGGUUUUCCCCGACAGCGUCGAGGCCCCCGUUUUCGUCCCACAGCGGGCGGAGGUCGCAGAGAUCGCCCUUUGCCGCUUGCGAGAACUUGGAGAUGCUGUCGGAGGAGGCGUCCACGGCUGGUCACCAUCCUGCCGCGGGGUCCCACCCCCCCACGGUGGAAGGCUUUGAAGGUGGGGAGUCGGCUGUCGAAGUCGAGGUCGGCAUGCAGGAGGAGUUCGAGGUCGGCCAGUGCAGGUGUUGUUCGGUGGUCACGAGCUGA